AAUAUCUGGAAGAACUUCUUCUUUUUAUCCUAUCUAUUGUUUUUAUAUUAUUUUUGGAUUAAACAAUGUAAUCCACCACUCUCACCAACAGUUAUAAAUAAGGCUUGUUGAAAUCUCGAAGUCCACCAUAGCCAUACAGAGUUUUCCUACACUAAUCUUGCUCACCUGCUUCCUCUACAUACAAGCUUUUUUCUUCUUCAGUUUUUCACAAAUUUGACUUCCUUUUGCUGCUGUCUUCUGGCUUUUUAUUAAACCUGAGCUGCAUUGCUGAGCAAAAUCUUUGCUAAAUCAUACAAAGAUUAUCAACCAACAUGGACACUGUAAGAGAUUUAGCAUCAAAGAAGGCUGCUGUGAUUUUCACAAGGAGCUCAUGUUGCAUGUGCCAUAGCAUCAAGACACUGUUUUAUGAACUUGGUGCAAGCCCUGCUAUUCAUGAGCUUGACCAUGAUGCAAAUGGGAGAGAAAUUGAGCGGGCUCUAAGGGCCCAAGGAUAUGGGUCAGUCCCCGCUGUGUUUAUUGGAGGAAGAUAUGUAGGUUCAGCUAAAGAUGUCAUUUCCCUUCACGUUGAUGGAUCUCUGAAGCAGAUGCUCAUCGAUGCAAAAGCCAUCUGGUUCUAGCUACCUUCUUACUACAAUAACACAGUCCUUGUACUACGUUUGUACUACGUUUGUAGUAAUAUGAAUAUAGUUUCAAUACCAUGUCGAAAGCAAUGUUAUAUUAUGAACUUUUGACAACAUUGUAUGGCAGAAUAUCAUAUUACUCAGUGAAAUAGCUAAAGAGUUUUGUAA